AUUACACACCCAAAUCAAAGCAGCCCAGCAAGAGAGGCUGGCUUGGAUACUGAAGCUAGCCAAGAGUGGAGUCAAGGAAAUGGAGGUUGAGAAGAAUACAGAGGGAGCUCUUCCUACAUACUGUGUUACAGGUGCAAAUGGCUAUAUAGGGUCUUGGCUAGUGAAGCUUCUUCUUCAAAGAGGCUACACGGUUCAUGCCACCCUACGUGAUCUCGCUAAGUCGUUGGAUCUUUUAUCAUCGUGGAGGGGAGCUGACCGGUUGAGAUUAUUCAAAGCUGACCUGCGAGAAGAAGGCAGCUUUGAUGAGGCAGUCAGGGGCUGUGAUGGUGUAUUUCAUGUAGCAGCUUCAAUGGAAUUCUACGUUGCUGGAAAUGAAGACAAUGAAAAUUAUGUUCAGCGUAAUAUUAUCGACCCUGCGAUUGAAGGAACGCUGAACCUUCUCACAUCUUGCUCCAAAUCCAAUACUGUGAAAAGAGUUGUCUUCACAUCCUCCAUUAGUACUCUUACUGCUAAAGACGGAGCUGGUAAAUGGAGACAAGUAGUUGAUGAAACUUGCCAGACUCCCAUUGAUCAUGUCUGGAAUACAAAACCACCUGGAUGGAUUUAUGUACUCUCCAAGCGUCUAACGGAGGAAGCAGCAUUCAAAUAUGCAAAGGAUAAUGGUAUCGAUCUCAUUUCAGUAAUAACUACUACUGUUGCUGGUGCGUUCCUAACUUCAAGUGUCCCAUCAAGCAUUCGAGUACUCCUAUCUCCAAUAACAGGUGACACCAAGUUCUUUUCAAUACUAUCAGCUGUUAAUGCUAGAAUGGGUUCAAUUGCAUUGGUUCACAUUGACGAUAUAUGUGAUGCACAUAUAUUUCUAAUGGAGCAGACUAGAGCAGAAGGUCGAUACAUAUGCAGUGCCCACAGUUGUGUAUUGUCUCAAUUGAUUAAUCAUCUAGUAGAAGAGUAUCCAUGCUCAAACAUCCAGAGGUUAGCGGAAAAACAAGGUUCAAUUUCUCCAGAGAUUUCUUCAAAGAAGCUCAGAGACAUGGGGUUUAAGUACAAGCAUAGCAUUAAAGAUAUUAUAAGUGAAACUAUCACCUGUUGCCUGGAUCAAGGCUUUCUACCGCAGGUUAAAAGCAAAUGUCAUUGAUAUUGCUGAUCACAUUUACCAUCUCCACAAGACUAAUCUCUGGACGUGAAUCCGAUUGCCGAAAGAAGCCCUACAUAAACUGAUCUAAAGGCACAGAUUGCGGGCACCUUAACACCAUAUCAGCUGGCAGAACAAAACUCUAGUUUGUAAUCAAACUAGAGAUGCUCCGCAAUUGAAUGGUAAUAAAAUGCAUGUUAUAAAGCAGCUAAAUGAACAUUUAUUCCGGACGGUACCGCAACAAUGAGCAUACACUGAUUUAAUGCAGUUCAACAACUAUAAGAUUUUGCAAGAAUUACGAGAAUAUCAUAGGAAAUAGCAAACAGCCAACGUCAUGAAAGAUAAUGGCAACAUGGAUUAAAUCAAAGGGAUACAGAUCCGUUUAUAACCAACUUUCUCAACAUAACAGCUUUCAAUUUCAUUGCCUUGCUGUUUGCUACAUCGAUCUUGUUACUAUGCAUUAAUCAGCAGGAGUGUGGGACCAUAUUUCAGUUGUAUCCUAUCCAUUAUAGCCACAUUGAUCCAUGAAAAGCUCAAUGAGGUUGCAGAGUUGUUUUGGUCCAAUGUCUGGACCAUUAAAGCCUCGUAUGAUUUUUUAGGGGAAGGACAUGCAUCCUUGUCAACCAAGUGUGCACAUGCUAGGACAUGGCCAUUUAAACACUUAACAGCAGGAAGCAGAAGAUGAUAGGGACAAAAAAAUAUAUACAGAUAUGAACACAGCAGGAAUCUGUUCAGAGUGACACUUCUAUUAUUCCAUCAGAAUCCUUCUUUCAACUUAUUCUGGGCUGUCUUUUCAUUUUGAUUCUUUGUUGUUAUUUGUAACAGUGCUACCAUACCCAUUAUUAUUUCUGGAUGAGUCUACAAGUGAAA